AUGAGCAUAAACAGUUCCACGGAACAACCAAUUCCACCAGAAACAACAGAUCGAACGACAACGACACCACCAGAUGAACCACCACCAGCGUACGAAAUAACACCAGCAACAGAUGCGAAUGACAACUCAGCAUCAGCAUCGGCUGUAGAGAUCGAAGCUCCGCCGCCUUACUGUCUCGUUGAUCCAAGUAAAGUUCGUAAUACGGAUCAUUUACCGCAUUAUCCUCACAUCUCACCUGUGGAAAUCAUCGAUUUGCAUGGCAAUGAACAGUCAUCUCAUCAAACAAAUCAACCAGCAAUCGCCGCUUGGUUCACGACAGGGUCCAGUUUGGAUGUUGGUACAGAUUGCACAUUCUUGAUGGCUUUCAUUAUUGCGUUCUUCUUCAAUUGGCUUGGUUUUCUUGCUGUUGUUUGUCUAAUUCCAACCAUUGCCGCCCGUUUCGGUGCAAUGUCAGGAUUUGGUUUGAGUGUGGCUAAAUGGAUCACAGUGACGCGUUAUGGUGGAUUCCACAGUUCUUCAUUUAUCAAUGGUAAUUUCACGUCACCAUCGGUUCCUCGAGCAGCAGUGUACGAUCCAGCACAAAACUUCAUCUUUGCCAUCGUUCUGUUUGCUGGCUUCUUUCUUUUCAUUCGCGGAUUACUCUCGUAUAUAGCCGUUAAAAAUCGUGCCAAUCAACAAGGACAAACAUCGGAUGUGUUCAAUUGGUACUAG